GAGGUUUCCGUAGCUUUUCCCAAUGGCCUGACCCUUGUCAUCUAGGCCGUUGUUGGCCUAGCUGAUGGAGCCAUGCUCGGGGGCUUUGGCGGGAAGAAGAAGGAGGAGAAGGAGGAGGAUGGUGACAAAGGUGAGGAGGAGGAGAACGGAGAUGAGAAACCCGAAGGCGAAGACGGUGAAGGAGGGGAUGACGAGGGCGAGGAGGAAGUCCAACAGGUGGCAAAGACUCGGAAGAUCAACCGGGAGCAGUUCUUCAAGGAGGUAAGGGACCGCUCUGAGCCGCCCUCAAGGGGCGACACGGAGAAGGAGCGUGACCACUGGUCUCGCCCAAGGCGAUGGCAGGUACGGCUCUGGCAGGUGCGGAUCGAGAACAUGACGGAUGAGGCCAUCCUGGUCUUUGCGAACUUCAUCUUUGGCGGCACGAAGGAGGAAUUCCUGGUGCGCGCCGGAGGCAAGGAGCCCUCCAUCUGGGUCGCAGGUGAUGAGGGCGUGGUCUUGCGGACUCCAGUGGUGCACGACGUUCCAGGUGACGGUGAGGACACCGAGUGCGACUUUGAUGUCUCCUUCGAAUGGCACGGGAGCUACUUGGACCUGGAGAGGCAGACCCUCCGCGUGGAGAUCUGGAAUUGGGCGCGGUGGCGGAUCAACAAGUUUGACUGCUUUGCAGAGGAGCCAUUGCUGACCUUUGCCAAGGGCCCUAUUCAGAAUGAGAUGGAGUGCAACAAGGUGGACAAGUUCGGCAAGAAGCAGUGCCGCGUUCAGGUUGCCUUCAAGAUGUUCUUCCAGGAGAUCUAUGACUUCGAGCUCACGAUGCCAGUGUGGCGCGCCAGCGCCGUGCCCAGCUGCAAACGAGUGCUGGAGCGGCUCAGGGAUGGCAUUGACGAGGAAGAAGACGAGGAGCAGACGAUGGCCGGCGGGAGGGGCACCAUGGCGCGCAGCACGCGGGCGGCCACGCAAAUGCAGCGGGCAAUGUCGGUGACCUCUGACGACCUCACCCAGCAAUCGAUCUGCAUCCAGACGCCCUCGCUGCUGUCCCAGGGCACGCGGAGCUGCUACCUGCGGGCGAAGAAGUCCGGCAACUGCGGGGGCAGCUUGAUGUGGGACCGCUGGGACAGAAAGCGGUUCCGAGGCUACUUCCGGGGCACGUGCUCAGACCUGAGCAAUGCUUCACUGGAGGUGCGCCUGGACAGCUACGAGCGAGCCCGGGACCUCAAGGAGCUCCUGGGGGGCAGCAAGCCAGGCGGCUCACGCUAUCACAUGCCCCUGGCAAACGCGGAGCUUCCCUUGCGGGGAGUGCUGGAGCAUGGGGAGGUGAAGGCCAGCCUGCGACCCGCCCCGUGGUUCUUCAGCUUGGCGGACGGCGGGCGGGCGCAUCGGCAGCGGUGUGGACUGCUGCAGGGGCACGUGGCUGUGGAGAACCGGCCUCGCUACCAACAGACGGACGAUGUCUCGGAUGAGCUGGACCUCCGGAAGAGAUACCUCUUCGUGAAGGUCAUCAAAGUGGACCGAGUGGUGACACCCGACACCCGUCCCACGGACGAGAUCGACACCUUUGUCGAGGUCACCUUCGAUGGUGUGGCGAAGCGGACUCGCAUUUGCCAGGACGACGUGUCGCCCAGCUUUAACGAUGACCUGGUCUUUGAGCUGGCCCUCGCCAAGACCAGCAGCAGCAACGAGAUGCAGGAGGACACCGAGGCCACCUGGGAGGAGCUGGAGCGCAAAGGUCCCGUGUUCAUCGAUCUUUGGACCGUAGGCUCCAAGAGCAACGAGCACCUGGGAUCCGUGGAGGCCUUCCUGCAGGACGUUCUUGUGGAUGAGGCGGGCCAGCCGCAGAAGGAAGUCUCCCGCUCGGCGCGGGAUGCGCGCCUCAAGAAGCAGGAGACCUUUAGCGUGCGAGCCUUCCGAGGUCAGAAAAGGCUGAAGUUCACCUGGGGUCCGGGCCAGGAGUCCAACAUCUUUUACGAGAUGUGGUUCCUGCCGGACCUCAGCCCCCUGGCGGUGCUGCGGCCGCUUCGUGCCGAGGUGCCCAUGCCCAAGGUCUUGGCGGACUGCUAUGAGGAGAAGACCGAAGAGUGGGAUGCCUUGGCGGACGAGCUGAACGGAGUGAAGGAGGACAUGGAGAGGAUCCAGAAGGAGAAGCUGCGAAGCACGGGCCGGCAGUUCCCGUCCCAGGCGAAGAGCAUUUGGCCGGUGGAGACUACUCAGGAGUACUGGCUGCCGCGCUUCCUGGACGUUCUGCGGCCCCCGCACGGCGUGGACUCUGCCACCGCGGUGUGCCACUACGUGGGCUGCUUCCCCUAUAUGGAGAGCAAGGCAGAGGACACAGUGAGCGCGCCCAACUUCUUCUGCGCGCUCCGCAAGGGAAAGAUUCUGGAGCACUGCCUGCUGCACUGCAGCCUUCUACUGGGCCUCUCCUGCAAGGCCUAUGUGUGUGGUGGCCGGACCCUGAAGGGCGAACCCCACUUCUGGGUGGCCGUCUUUGAGGAGGACGGCACGGUGCGGUUCUGGGAGCCCUUCCUGGGCACUGGCUCCAUGGCGCUGCGGCGGCGCUUCGCGUUUCCCCAGUUCCUGAUCCCGGGCAAGCACGCCCCCAGAAGCCUCCGGGACAUGGAGCUCCUUCGGGAGCGCCGGCGGCGCAGGCGGAUGCUCCGCAGCAAAGGGCAGCUGCUGCUGCCGGCCGGGCGCAGCGCGCCCAAGUCGGAGGCGCCCAAGGCGAAGGCGAAGGUGAAGAAGUCGAUGUUCAGGCCAGCUGAGCAAGAAGAUCCUCACGAGGGCCACGAGCACGACAUGGUCUACGUGGACAUUUUGGACCUAGGCCUGCGGGAGCGGCCAACGGAGGAUCGAGGGGAGACCGGGCGCCGCUGCGCCACUUGCAACGCGCUGCCCGGGGGCCAGUACUUCUCUCGGGGCUUCAACUGCGAGGUCUGUGAAAAGGCGGGUGGCAGCUUCAUGCUGUGCUUCUCCUGCGCGGACCCGCUCUUCAAGGACGAUGACCAGCUGCAGGCAGCGGACAAUGAGAUCCGGGAGCCCUUUGACUUGGUCAAGGAACGGUUCGACUUCGACGCGUACAAUGAGCUGCGCGGGCCAGAUGACUCCAACUUCGUUCUGCCCUACAAGUCCGUGGAGGUGAUUUUCAACAAUGCAAACAUCUGGAUGAAUUUGCAAGACGAGGACCCCCGCUUCAUCUUCUGGGAUUUGGCCAGCAAGGACUACUGGCAACCCUUUGUGCCCAAGGUGGCCGGCCUGCGGCCCUGCUUCAGCUCCUGCCGCUUUCCCAUGGCCGGCCGGGACGAGGGCUGGUGCCAGCAGCAGCGCCGCGAGCUGCUGCAGGAGAUGCGCAAGGAGAUCCAAGCGCGGCGCUCUCACAAGAACCUCGGCACACGCUGGGCUGGCGCCUCAGCGGCGCCGCUGACUUCCUUGCGAACUUUAGGCCGGAGCCAGCUGCUCCGGAUAGCCUCAUCUCAGGCCAUCGGUGUGUUGUGA